CUCUUUGAUUCUUUGUGUUUCAGCUCAGUGUGUGGACCAACAUGGGAUUUCAUGUGCUAUAUCGAAAAUUUUUGCAUUGCCAAUAUCCUGAAAUUAGCCAUGGUAUUUAUGCUAUCGUACGUUGGUGAGUUCAACUGUUUGUUAGAUUGCAGCAUGGUCUAUUGUAUUCUGUUGUUCUUCUAUCUGGUGCAUAAAUUGGGCAUAUGUGGAUGUAUUUGCCGGUGUUCUUGCAAAAAGAUAUGGGCAUGUUUGGGAAAAUUGUACUCAGGUGAAAGCCUUUCGCACCAUUUUCCAACACGUACAAAAAUAAGCAGAUCAAUUUCGCGUAAUAGAGAUUAUAAAGCCUCUCACACAAGGAAGUCUUUGGAACCAAGAAGACAUCAUGCUAGAGUUGAAAUCAGUAGAGAUCUUAGAUGUAAAAGUAAAAGGAAUCAUAGUCUUGGAGAGCCCAGUUUCACAAGCAAUGCCAUUAAGCAUGACAAUCACAUAGGCACAAGCAAUCACAUAAAGGUAAUCCGUACAUCAAUGUUUGCAAGAAAAGGUAUAUCUAUAUCUAGAAGGAAUAGAGUUCUGCCGAGGCAGAGAAGGUAGAAUCUCUUAGU